UCAACUAGCAGAGACCUAAAUUAAAUAUGCACCGGGAAACUCCUCUUUCCGGCAUAGAAUCGAGCAUGGACGGAGAAAGCGGAAGCAUCGCCGGCACUCUCCGUGCGUGUCACGACCAAAUUCAGCGCUGCCACGUCGAGACUGCUACCGCUGCCUCCGCCGGAGCAAAAAACCCCAGCGACGCGCAAAACGUGCAGUUGUCUGUGGACGAACCAGCGGCAAAACGGCAAAAACAUGACGAGAGUCAGAAUGCGAAUCGGCAAAUUGAGGAAGCUAGGGCUUCCGCUUCAUCUAGUCAUUCAGAUUCUAACGUUAGGGAACUCGAUUCUGCUAGGAAUCAUAAAUCUGGCGGUGAUGUGAGAGAGGAGGAUGCGAAUGGGGGUAUUAUGGCAAUAGUUGGGAAUCUAGGGCGAGGAAAUAAAUUAGGGGAUAGUAAGAGAGGGGUGAAGAAGAAUGACAGUAAGUGGCCAAUGUUUAGUGAUAUGGGUGGGUUGCAUAUGGAUAUGUUGCGGGAUUUGAAUAGGGAGGUGGUUGCGCCGAUGCUCCAAUCGGAGAUACUGCGUAAGUUUGGAAGCACCGCAAUUCUGUUACAAGGGCCACGGGGCUGUGGGAAAACCAUGUUGGCUCGAGCCAUUGGCAAUGAGGCCCGAGUGCCGUUCUAUGAAACAUCUGCUGCUGCGUUAAAGGCUGGCGUUUCUGGUAUCCUAGAGUUGUUCUCCCGAGCAUACAAGAGCGCACCAUCUAUUGUGUUCAUUGAUGAAAUUGAUGCAUUGACUUCAGAAACGGAUAGCUUGUUGCAGUGCCCGGUAAAAUAUUUGAUCGCUUGCAUGGAUCUUGAAAGAUCGAAUAUUGGACCUGGUAGCUAUGUGCUGACGAUUGGAGCAACCAAUAAGCCUAAUGCUCUUGACCUUGCCUUAAGGCAGCGGUUUGAUCGUGAAUUUGUUUUAGAUGUUCCAAGAGAAAAUGAACGGCAUGACAUACUAUCAGUUCUAACACGUAAUCACAAGGUUGAAGUUUGUUUUGAUAUCCGGAAGUUAGCUAGGUGGACUCAGGGUUUUGUAGCAGGAGAUUUGGCAGAACUAGUAAAUAAGGCUCGCGUGGGUGCUUUAAAUGACGCCAUUGGCUCGAGAGCUCACGAAAUGAGUUUUAAGGAUGGGUAUGAAGCAUAUGGAAAACCAUUUUCAGAUGAAGAAUUGGAAGGACUCAGAUUAACCUUGUUCAAUUUUUAUGAAGCUAAUGGUAUGGUUUGCCCUUCUGCUGAAAUGGAAGAGUUUUCCAAAGCAUCAUGUACAAAUUGGGAUGAUGUUGGAGGCCUUCAAUUGUUGAAAUUAGAAUUUGAACGCAGGGUAGUUAAGCGUAUAAAGUUUCCACGGGUUUAUGAGUCUCUUGUGGAAAUUGGGAUGAAGGACAUGCCAUCCUCCUUUUUCCUUUAUGGUCCUCAUGGUUGUGGGAAGACAUUGAUUGUCCAGGCUUUGGCUAAAGAAGCAGGAGCAAAUUUCAUGCAUAUCAAGGGCACUGAACUAUUGAAGUUUGGGUCAUGGAGCAGGAUGAUGGUGGAAAAUAUUUUCAAAUAUGCAAAACUUCACCCUCCAUGCAUAGUUUUCUUUGAUGAGUUGGACGUAUUCAGCCCAGGGGAUUUCGCAGACAAAGAUCUUGAGGAGGAUGGAGAUGUAUGGAAGUCGGAGGACUAUAGAGAGGUGCGGAACCAAGUCUUUGAUAUAAAAAAUGAAUCAGAUGUUUACGUGUUUGCUUCAUCAUCUAAGAUAGAGAUUGUGGAUCGUAUCCCGCUCAUCAAAGAAGAUUUUGGUAGGGUUUUAUAUGCUCCUCUUCCUAGUCCAGAAGAAAGAGGAGAGAUAUUGAAAGCUCUCGCUCUAUGCAAACCAAUCGAUGCAGAAGUGGAUCUGAUGGCGCUGGGGAAAGACGAUGCUUGUCACAAUUUCAAUGGCGCUGAUCUAUUUACUUUAGUGACAGUAGCUUCUGCGUUUGCUAUUGAACGACCAUCAUUGUCCCGUGGGGGUUGCAUGACCAUCACAGAUGCAGAUUUCAAUGAAGUGUUAGCUAAAAUCUCCCCUUCUCUCUCGGCGGAGGAACUCAAGAAAUGGGCGCUACACGCGGAGAAGAUUGAUGUUGUUGAUGGUGUAUCCGUGAUGGACUGGUUAUGUUAACUUAAAUGUGAAAGACUGCGGAUCUAAUCUCAUAUUAUAUGAUACUAACAUAUUUUAAUUUUGUUAUUAUUGUAGUAGUA